GGAGGCCAAGCGAGCGGUGGGAUACCGACGGAUAGGAAGUGACGGGACUGCACGGAUUUCAGAAGGAGAGAGAGAGUGCGUGAGUGAGUGAGAGAGAGAGAGAAGGGGGGAAAAAAGGAGAAGAAGACGGGAAUAUCAACACAAAGCAGAAUGAGAAGCAACGUGCGAUCAUCGGGCUGCGGUGCGGAGGGAAACUGAAUUGCGCAUGAUCUUAUCAACAACACCGGAGCGAGAGACUUUCAAUGGGAAGUGAAGUGGGCUCCCAGAAGUGAAAAGCAGGGAUUUCUAAAAAAAGGAGGGGGGGUGAUUGUCGUCUGAUUUUCAUGACUGGUGUUUGUAAAUCUGGGGGAAAGUAUUGGCACACAGAGGAACCAUAUGGAACAGUGACCCGGGCUUUAAGCUAUAACCCCACUUUGAAUAUGAAGGAAAAGACUUUACGCACGAUCCAAGAGCACAGUUAAGGGGGAUAUGAGCGCAGAUCUUCGGAUUUCGCCUCGAUUUUUUUCCUCUUUCGGGUUCAGUUUUGCGUCUUUGGGGAUGUUUGCCAGUUGCGUCUCUGCGGCUUCGGUUCGGAUACUGACCCGUCUGUGCGCCCUGGUGCUGGUGGUCGCCGCGGGACUCGGUUCGGAGCUGCGGGUCCGGGUCCGGCUCUCCGACGGACUGGUGACCGAGGAGGUUUUGGAGGCGGACAGCGAGAGAGACUCGAUAUCGCUCGAGUUCAAGCAGGGAGAUGGGACGCUCGUCACUUUUGUGGCGGACUUCAAACAGGAUGUGAAGAUAUUCCGAGCGCUGAUCCUGGGCGAGCUGGAAAGAGGGCAGAACCAGUACCAGGCCCUGUGCUUCAUCUCCCGCCUCAACCGCAAUGAGAUCAUCCCCAGCGAGUCCAUGGCCCGCCUCAGACAGAAAAACCCUCAGGCCAUUCGCUUGGCAGAGGACCGGAGAGGACUGGAGCAGCUGACCAUGAGCGCGGCGGUCAACCUGAGUCGAGCCUGGCAGCUCAGCUCCCACAUCCACAACAUGUGCAGUGAGGCUCGGGAGGCCAUUUACACCAGGGAGGCAGAUGUCAAACACUGGCUGGACAAAGGGGUGGAUGGCUCCAUGUUUGAGGUCCUGCCCCAAACGACAGAGAUACCCAGCUUUCAGGCCUGUCAUUCUACUAAAGACUUGUGGCAGCCUUGUCUCUGCACAUACAGCCUGCGUCUGGAGUGGUACCCAUGUCUGUUAAAGUACUGCCGGAGCCGGGACACCACCGGCAAAGGCUCCACCUACAAGUGUGGCAUAAAGAGCUGCAGCAAGGGCUAUCAUUUCACCUACUACGUUCCCCAAAAACAGCUCUGCCUGUGGGACGAGGAGACCUAGCAUUUUGCUCUGCGUGGUUAAGAAAAAAUAAACACAUCUUUCCUCAAACCAAGACAAUGCUUCUCCACCCGCGCUACUCAAAGUAAACGCAGUCACACUGGACCUCGGCUUAUAUGAUGCUAAGCGAAGCUGUCUCAGGUGGAGAGUGCUGAGAUCCAGAUGUUCAUGCUGAAACAGAAAUGAAUUCAGGUUCUACGUGAGACCAAAACCUUUAAGGAAGGACAGUUGCAGCAGAGCCACUAAUUCUAAAACUGUUUUUUGGGGGAAAUGACUUAUUACUGUCAGCUUCAAUGUGAUUUUUUUUUUUUUUCUGAGAAACUGUCACUUUUGUGCCUUUUUUUUUGUAAUUGAGAAAUUAUUGGAACAAGUGACACAUGUUAACAACUAUGACCUCUCAAACAAGCUAUUGUAUGCACAAAGGUGGACAGUGCAUUUCUGGUCAGUUAAACACCAGCGGAGGAACACCAGUGUCCCACUCUGACUCAAAGAUGAACAUAAUCUUCCAUCCUGGUGAAGGAAAAUUUGGAUGGUGGAUUUAUCUUUCUUAUAAAGCUCUGUGAAAAACAGUUUAUUGCCAGCUAAACGCCGGUUUAUGUCAACGUAAGCAGGCUGACAAAGAAAUGCUUCUCCGAUGCUGGUUUUAUUUAUUUUUGGUUGCAAAGUGAAAUUAUGGAGGACUAUUUUUGUAUCUUUUUGUUAUGAUAACCUCAUCAGUUUUCUUCCUUUUUGCAUUAAACAAACUCUUAAGUACACAUUUCUAAACCACAUGUCCUUAGGAACAAGAAGUAUACAAACACGUCUCAGAACAUCUUAAUAUCUUGGAUUUUGGAUGUUGUUUCUCAUCUAUCUGUCAUGCUUCUGUGUUGCCUUGUUUUCAUUGCUGUACAGACGGUGUAGAUAAAAGGUUUAUGAUCAUAUUUAAUAGUUUUAGUCCUAAUCUGCCUCAUCUGUACCCUUAGGGGAAACCUCAUGCCCACAUUCUUCGUCUGUUCAAGCAUUGUCAAACAAACCAAAGUCAAAAGAAAUACCCUCAAAAGAAGGGUAUAGAUUUUCAGCUUCCAGAAACAAACUCUUCAGUUUGGUGUUUUUCUGAGUUAGGAUCCACUAAAACUGCAGUGUAGACGUUUUAAAUAAUCUAUGCUGCCAUCUUCUGGUUAACCAGUGUUUCCGUUUCUUGUGUUUUCUGUUCCCACAGCCAGAGGUCUGGUUUUUGGUUUAUGGUUUUGUCUGUUCGUGUCAGCAGUUAAAUGUUUAUAAUUUAUGCAUUUCAAAGCCCUGCUCAUUCAUAUGUGUAACUCAAGGAGCACUUCUUGAACUUGUGGGACCAAAUUUAGUUUUGUCUGUCUGAGAGCAAUAGGCUGAAGCAGGCUUUUUGGACUGUCUUACCUCCAUCUUCAUUUCAGUCGUCGCUGCCUUAUCAAAAGUACAUUUCUGUGUUUUGUGUGUUUGUAUGUCCUGCUAACUAAAGAACCAAAUGAGUGAAACAUUUCUAUUUGUGGCCUUCUAUGGUGAUUAAGUGCCUUAACAUUUCCACUGAUAUUUUUGCUAUGUAAUUGUAGAUUAAGCUGUUAAACAUAUUUUUUCUAUGAAAGAGUUUUGAUUAUGUUGUAAAAAAAAAAUUGCCAUAAGGAGAAUAUGAAGCAGUUAGGUAAUGUACCGUUUAAGAGCUGUUUUACAUUAAUUGUUUCAAUAAAGUUUUUCUUUGCACUGCA